AUGUCGGGGGGCAGCCUUUUAGCCUACGCCUUAAUUGUGAUGGCCUGCAGAGCAAAGGGGGAAGACACAGGUGUUGCUGCACAAAGUGCCCCAAACAUGCGAGGACACGAAGUGGAACAAUGUCAGUACACUGAAUUCUCUCGAAGAAGAGAAGAAUGCAACAAAAAUGUGAACUUUCUGGCUUCAAGGAAGGGCAACGACUGCCACGUGAUGCAAAUUUACGUCGACUGCCUGACCAUUGCGCUGAGGAACACUGGCUGUACAACGAACCCGUUCUUCAUGACUUCGGAAUCUAACCUAAUAAGGAAGAAGAUAAGCGACAAGAACCUGACCUGCGACCUUUACAGUGAUCUACUCGUACUCCGGGAAGACGUGGAACAUAGCUGCUUGCGCGUUCGUGCCGUGAAGCUGUUUUUCAAAUGUGGCGCGGCGUUUCAUUUCCAUAUGGAAGGAAAGUCACUGACAUCCGGAACAAUAUGCGAACUCUUGAAAACGUACGUGGAAUGCGGAAACGUCGCUCUUAAGGACACAAACUGCACGGACGACGAAAAUCUGAAGGCGCACAUGAAGUUUUUCCUGAGCCAGUCCUUGAAAAGGCACUCUUUGAACUGCCAAAACAUCACCGGCUACAGCAAAAUGCCGCCGUUCUUGAAAGGUGCUCCAAGAGCGGCCUCCGAUGUUCAGCGCUGGGCCAUGGCGAACAGUGAAUACGAGAGUGGUGAAGACCAUCGCGAUGAAGGGACGCAUCGGAAACACUCGAGAGGAUGUGCUAUCGAAGACGCGCUGCGCCGUUAUUUCACGUGUGGCUCGAACUUCUUGUGGAAGAUGGUGAUAUGGAAAAGACACUUUGCCAAGCACCAGGACGUUUACAACCUGGCUGGAAACGAAACAGGCCCGACAACACCUUCCCUGAGGAUGUUGGCGAGGAAAGCGAAUGAGGACGACGAAGUUUGCGGGGUGAUCAAAGAACUCCAAGAAUGCACGAACGAAAUCAUAUCCCACAGCGAGUGCAAAAAAUUGGACGGGCUCUCCGCAAAAAUGGUCACCAUGCAGGAAAUGCUAGUCGGCGAGUCGGCGAAGUCAGCCUGCAAGUUCUUGCCCAGGGAGAAACACGCUGUCUAUCCAUCGUACAGCAAACAGAACCUACCUCCGCCAGGCUGCUCGUACAGGAAGCUUGUCAAGCUCUUUUCCUUCUGCGUGGUCAAUUUCUUCUCGAGUUUCUCCAUGGCGAAGGAUACCGUGCAGGCGUGCAUGUUUCUUGGCAGGUAUGGCUCCUGCGCAGAGCAGGCACGCAAGCUGACCAACUGCAGCAUGAAAGUGAAAGAGCUGGAAGAUUUUGUGUACCUCACGAACGUCGUGCAGGACAAAUACUCCUCCCGGUGCAAGCCAGAAGCCGAAGCUGGAGUGCCAUCUCUGUGCAAGAAGAAAAGCCUGCUUCAAAAAUACCUGAGGUGCAGUUUCACGCUCCAAAAUAAGCUCUCGGUCAAGAUGGACGAAUGUAGGGCUCUUGAUUCAUUUUCGCAGUGUUUCAUGGAAGUCCGAGCAGACAACGAGUGCACAUACACGGACGACAGCUUCACGUCCAUUAUGCAGAUGCAGACGGAGCUAAUGACCGACGCCCUCAGGUCUCGCUGCACGCAGAAGUUUGCCGACUUGAAUGUCUUGCUGAAGUGCGCUCAACCCGACGCGCUGAAGAAGAUGCUUCUCUGCGGACUUUCUUACAACAAGCUCAUGGAAGAUUUGAAAAGACAAGGCGAGUACUACGUCACGUCGACAACGUGCAGCUACUUAGCAGAGUACCAGCACUGCAUGAUCGAUGUGGAGAGGACCACUGGCUGCACAAAGUCUACGCUUCAUGAGCACACGUCGGCUAUACUGAACUUCUGGACCUGGAACGUGGCUCCACUGUGUGAAAGCGCCGCUUCUCUCCUAUUGACAGACGUUGACCCCAAGUGUGAUUACCCAAAAGCGCUCUUAAAGGCCCUCAAAUGUACGAUGGAGUUUCAAGAGUUUGCUGAGCAGGCCACGUGGGACACGAUGACGUCAGCCGAAUCUUGCUCGUCUCUGGAAAUGCUCGACAAGUGCCUGAUAAGCUCCCUGGACAUUGGACAGUGUAAGAACAGCUUGAAUGCGAAGGCGCAAGUGUCCGUGCUGAGGUCGCUUCUUAUGGCCGAGUACAAAGUGAGCUGCCGCAAAAUAUACCAGUCGGCACCAGGAAUGCCCGGGAUGCAGGCGGACGACUACGUGUACGAAGACUAUUACUACUUUGGCGACGAAGUCGUGCGCACGAGGUCGCCAGAAAAGAACUCUGACAAGUUCCUCGAGGAGCAGUUCAGCAACGGAACGAAGAUCGCCCCGAGUGCCCGCUUGAAACUGCGAGAUCAAUUCGAGGGAAUCUACAACAAAGUGCGUGGGUUCGGGCUUGACAAGGUCUUCAACAAAGUCGGACACCAUCGGGAGUCCACCACCGUGCAAGAAACAACUCCGACAGCAGGCGUAAACAUGACCAACUCCACCGACGAACAGCAGCAGCGAACACUGAUGAAUGGUGUUGUGAUUCCGGUUCCCGACAACGAUGAUGCACGUAAGUAG